AGAAUCAUGCAAAACCAGAGCUUUGUCACUGAAUUCAUACUCCUGGGGCUUUCAGAGAACUCAGAGGUGGAGAAAAUAUUAUUCGUUGCAUUUUUGUUGAUUUACCUUGCAACUGUUGGGGUCAACAUGAUGGUUGUGGUGACCAUCAUCUACAGCUCUGCACUACUGGGUUGCCCUAUGUAUUUCUUCUUGGUAUUUCUAUCCUUAUUGGAUGCAUGCACAUCUACAGUUGUCACACCCAAGAUGAUUGUAGACUUCUUCUAUAACAGGAAGAUCAUUUCAUUUGAAUGUUGCAUGUCUCAACUGUUUGCUAUCCACUUCUUCACUGGGGCAGAAGUGAUUGUUCUUGCAGCCAUGGCCUAUGACCGUUAUGUGGCCAUUUGCAAGCCCCUGCACUAUUCUUCCAUCAUGAACAGGAGGCUCUGUGGCACUCUAGUGGGAGUGGCCUGGGCAGGAGGCUUCUUACAUUCCAUCAUACAGAUUAUCUUCACUUUGAAGCUGCCCUUCUGUGGACCCAAUGUCAUUGAUCAUUACAUGUGUGACUUGUUCCCAUUACUGAAGCUUGCCUGCACUGACACACACAUGUUGGUCUUUCUGGUAUUUGCCAACAGUGGGUCCAUCUGCAUCAUCAUCUUCUCCUUGUUGCUUGUCUCCUAUGGUAUCAUCUUGUUCUCUCUGAGAACACACAGCUCUGAAGGGCGACAAAAAGCUCUCUCUACCUGUGGAUCUCACAUUACUGUUGUGGUUUUGUUCUUUAUACCAUGCAUUUUAGUUUAUGCCCGACCUACAUCUGCCUUCUUCUUUGAGAAAAAUACACUUAUAUUUGCUAACGUAGUGACACCAUUGCUCAAUCCUAUGGUCUAUACUUUCAGGAAUAAGGAAAUGAAAAAUGCCAUCAGGAAAAUGUGGAGGACAUUCACAGUAGUUUCUCAUGAAUAUUAA